ACACAGAAUCGUAUCGGCACAGUUUGCAUAGCAAACAGCGCAGCACGCACAGCCGCGAUAUUUUUUUCACCAAGUAACAAUCGAUCGAUUAAGAUAGAAUCGAAGAUGCGCUUCCACAUCACUGCUUUGCUCGUGUUCGGAAUAAUGGCCGUGGCUUUGGCAUCGCCGGUGCCGGGUCAUCAUCAUGAACAUCAUAUAAUUCACGUGCCCUACCACGUGCAUACGGUCCAUCAUCAUCACACGAAGAAGAUACACAUCCCGGUACAUCACGUCGAGAAGGUCGCCGUUCCUGUUCCGGUUCCGGUGCACCAUGUCGAGAAAGUACCAGUUCCAGUACCAGUACACCAUGUUGAAAAAGUGGCCGUACCUGUUCCAGUCGUUCAUAAAGUUCAUGUCCCUAUUCAUGUACCCGUUCAUGAGGAGAAGUUAAGUCAUGGCUGGUUUUAAAUGGAACACUUUGUCUUCGACUUCAAUUAUAUUAGGUUAUUGUACAAGGUGGAGUAAGUAAAAGUCAAUAAAAAAAAUUAUUCCUUAUUGGGGAUCCAUUGAUAAGAAGUUCUCUUGUGGAAUAUAAAAGAAGAUGAAACCGAUUAGUACAAAAUUACUCGCACUACCAGUACAGCAUUUAAGGAUUUAGCAUAAGAACCAAAUACUCUGUAUGCACGCGUGUGUACUCAGAACGAAAAUACUUGUACAUACUUUACAUCACGUUACACUUUCUAUCAUUAUUUUUAUAUAAUAAACAUUUGAUAAAAAAAAGUA